UUGCUGACGAGCGGAAGGGACCGCAGCUCGGGAAAAUCUGGAAAUGAAAAAUACGCGAGGGCGCUCUGCUUAAAUUUGAAAAUUAAUUGAAACCGAAUAGCGUAAAAUAGUCAAACGUGUAAAUAGUUAAUAUCGAUAUAUAACCGAAAAUUACCAGUGGGUUGGCUUAUUAGUGCUGUGUUAAAAAUAGUUACCGUUAUACGGAGAGAGAGAAUCGAGUGCAAAGGAAUUUUCCUACGUCACAGGCUGUGCGUUUGUGUGAGUGUGCACCCCCGGAAAUGUAACACGCACACUGGCGCAGUGAAAAACUUGCACCUGAAAGUUUUCGUCGUGUUUCCACCUUCGUGCGCUCUCGGCAUUCGACAUAACAAAAAAAAAAGCAAAAGAAAUUGAAUAACGCAGCAAAAGGGCAUCUAGGGCAGCAGCGGAACUGAGGCGCAGCGGAGCCGCCCAAGUGCAGCCGUAGAAAGCGUUGGUGCGGGCACCAUGGACUCGCUCAAGUUACCAAAGGCCAAUAGUGCCACCAGCAGUGCCAGCGGCAGCAACAGCAACCUGUCCGGCUCGACAUCCGCGUCCGCAUCCGCAGCCACAUCGCCCACAUCGUCGGGAACUGCGGUGGGUGGCAUUCUAUCCGGUGCCCCAAAAUCGCCACCUGGCCUGAGCAGCAGCACACCGAUCACGGUGCGAUUUAAUGCCAACGAGGAGUCCCUGGACGACAUCCUGCAGUCCUUCCAUCACAGCAAGCACAGUCCCAGUGGAGGAGCGAUUGGCGGCGGCGAUGCAUCGCCCACAUCGAAUCUCCUCGGGAUGAAGAACAACGGAUUGGGACUCAACAGCGGACUGGUGGUGGGCAACUGCGACUCCCUCUCCAGCAGCCCAUCGCAGCCUCAGAUGCAGGGCGGAUCCUCAUCCCUCUUCGGCAACGACGAAGUAACUCUGCGCAAUAAUUUUAUGCAAUCUUUCAAUCGAAAAAGAUCCGGCAGCAUUGAAGGCGUAUCACCGACGUCCAGUGGUCCCAGUCUCAUAUCCGCACUUUCGGCUGCCAGUUCAGCAGGCGGAGGAGGCGGCUCCGCGGGUGGAGCUGUCCCCGCUGGCGAAAGCAGCUCUAGCGGCGGCACCUGGCGACUGAUCAAGGGCAAGGUCACACAAACCAUCGAGGAGAUCAAGUCCUCAAAGCUGCCACCAACUGCAGCCAUACCUAUUAUAGUGGCUGAUCCACCCUCAACUGGCUGGAGCAACGAUCCCGACUCGGACACCGAGUGCCUCACACUGAACACAUCCAUCAGCGAGGAGCUGCCCCUGGACCAGGAGCACAAACAGAACUCCGAUUCGGAGGUGGAGGCCGAGCUGCUACAGCACGACAGCAUAAGUUUGGGCAGUGGCGACGUGCCAGCAACGGCAGCCACUGGCCAUUCGGAGCGAUCUCGUCUGCGUCGUGGUCUGGCCCACAUUCGAUCCAAGGUAAAGGCCAAGCAACAAGCGGCAGCGGCCAUGAACAAGAAAGAUGUCAGUCCCAGUGGCUCCACAGCGCCGCCAGCAUCGGUGCGCACAGGAUUUCUGCGACGACGCAAUGUGGUGGAGGCGGGCAGUGAGCCCUCCACCAGCCAGCAGGCGGAGAUUGCGAUCGCGAGUGGCAAGGUCAAGAAACGCGGCAUUCUGUUGGCCCGCAAGGACGUGGAGAUCGAGUCCGGCGUGGAGGUGCUCGAGGAUAUGAUUCCUUCAACUGCAGUGCAGAGCGAUCCCUCAAUGGAAGUCGCUGAUAGGCGAGAAGAAGAAGUGACCGACGCUGCAUCUAAUGCCGAUUCUCGAGCCAGUCUAACCCUUCCAGUGGCGCCGGGCGUCAGUCCGCUGGCUUUUGCCAGCUCAUUUGUGGCGAAAGAAUCGCGUAGCUUGCCAAGGGACAACCGGAGCAGGAACAGCUUCUUCUCCCACCUAAGCAUGCUCAGUGUUUCCCAGUGGCGAGAGAAGCAUCAGGGCGCCUCGGAGUUUGCACUGCCAGUGCUUCUCUCCGUCUUCCUGAUUUUGUUGAUGAUUUUGCCAGUGCCCGAUUUUCUGCGCGGUGUAUUCGCCACCCUCUUGUUUUUUACGGUGAUGGACUGUUGUGGCGGCCGUCUGAGAGCUUUGCUCGAGGACUUCCUGCUGACCACGCAUCCGGAGCGAGUGGCCUUCGCCAUUCCCAAUUACAAAUUCAUGCCGAUCUGCGAGAUUCCUGCCGUGGAGGAGCACAAGACGAUCAAAACAUAUGCGGGCUGGAUGAAUGAGAUUAACAGCUAUGACCCCAACAUGUUCUCCUUCAGUCUUACACGAGCUGUUUAUAUACGAUUGGAUGGAACUAUUCUUAAGAUGUCCGGGACGAACGCCCGGAUCCCCAAGCGGCGCAUGUGGAACGAGCCGCCAAUCGAUCGUCACAAGAUCCUGUUUACUGAUCAUCGUUCUUAUGAUCUCAGAGACUGCCGCAUAGAACUGCUGCCUUUGGGUCUCGCCAAUAAGCGUUUCUUUAAUCGCAAAUAUCCCAUACAACUGAUCAUCAAGAGUAGCAGAGAUGUGCCCGAAGAGCAGAGUUCCGUGGAAAGCCAGUCGGAGCCAACGGUUAAAACGGAUGCCAAAGAAGCUAAAGCCGGCUCAUCAUCGGGAACUACACCACCCGGCGGAGAGGAGGAGAAACUAGUGGAUUUUGCGGGCACGGUUAUGCAGGCGGAUUUACAGCAACUGCGAAACGCAGUGAAUCCGGACAAGGAGCUCAACGAUAUUACCGUGCCCUGUGGCGAUGAGGUGCGUUUACUGCUCUUCUCGAGAUGCGAUCGGGAAAAAGAGGACUGGUAUCGACGCUUCACCAACGCCAGUAAGGGCUUCGUUCACGAACAGGACCUUCAGGUGCCAAUGGUCCGAUUUGUGGAGGAUACUGAUCUUCAAGCGGCGGCCGCUAGACAGGCCUUGCUCCUGGUCACUGGCUUGGGAAAGGGUAACGUCAAGCCUGAGGAUGAAAUUUCCACUGGGAAAGCUAAUGAUGAAACUGAUCAGCAGACGCCAGAUGGACAGUUUGAGACUGUAACCGAAGAGGAUUUACUGGACACACCCAAGGAGGAGUCCUUCGAUGGCAUGAUCAUGAGUGCCAAUGUGGCCAGGAAUCCGCCAGAUUACGUUCGAUUCAUGGCCGUUUAUCAGAAGGCUUGUAACCAGAGCAGUAUUCCCGUUACCCGAAGUUCCGUUGGAACAUUGCGUACCACUGAUAGGCGACAAAGAAAAUCUCGCCGUGCCAAACGUCAGGAAGAUGAACUGUGGAAGGGCAUUGACCAGUCGCUCUUCCUGGGUCCUUCCGGCAGCAUUGUGUGGGCUAAUGUGCUCCUGGGACGAUGCCUAUACAGCUGGCUGCACGAUGCCAUGCUGCACGAGAAGCUGAAGGAGGUGUUGCAGAAGAAAUUAAACUCCAUUAAGCUGCCAAGCUUCAUGGAGGAGGUCAUCAUCACAAACAUAUACUUGGGUGAGUCGCCAUUACUAUGUCAUCGGGUCUCGCAGCCGAUGCUGGAUGAACGCGGCGUGUGGGUGGAUGCCGAUGUGACCUACGAGGGAUUGGCUCACAUAACAGUAACUACAAAGCUGAAUCUGCUGCGCAUACGCAGUAAGACAAAGUCACCAAUGGCCACCGAUAAUGUGCCCACCACUUCGGUCCUGCCGGAGCAAUCGCAGGACCCGCGCAGCCUUUCGGAGGUUAAUUCGGAGAACGUCAUCUAUGACAGUGAUGCAGAGAGCUCGGGCGGCUCAUCCACUGAAUCUGAGAGCCCACCGCCGGGCAAUGCCCCCGAGAAUGCGCCUGGAACGGAAUUCUUUCAGAAUUCUCCCGGCAAUGCGCGGCGCAUCUUUAAGAUUGUCGACCGGAUAGCCGCUUCCAAUCUAUUUCAAUACGCCACCGAGCUGCCGUACGUGCAGCGAGCCAUGGAGAACAUGAACGCGAAUAUCACUUUGCGCGUAGAUCUCAAAGGUUUGGUGGCACGUGGAACUUUGAAUGUGCCACCGCCGCCAUCCGAUCGAGUGUGGGUUAGCUUCCGCGGACCGCCUCGCCUGUGGAUAUCCACCAAGCCCCAAGUGGGCGACAAAUCCGUCGAUUGGUCCAUUGUGACCAAUGUCAUUGAGAGCAAACUGUGCGAGGCUGUUAACAAGUUUCUGGUCUAUCCAAAUAUGGUAGACUUCUCCAUACCAUUCCUGAGCAAUCCCAAUUUUGACGAGGAGCAAGGGAACGCAGCCAACUAAAUACCAAAAUCUAGAGGAAAAGGCAGGGAAUAAGAAAAGAGAUACAAUUUAUAUUCGAUGAAUUUAACACAAAGUGUGAGCGAGAUUUUUUAUGUUUAUGUUGUUUAUUUUUGAGAUAAACUUCAAGCUUAGAUUAGAUCUGCGAUCUCCAGUUCCGGUUUCGAGCACUUAAUCGCAUUACGUGAUGAGUACAAGCGACAACCGAUUCCGAAUGACAAGUUACAAAACGCUUAUUAUCAUCACAUUCUGUUGAAACUCCAGAACAAUCCCAAUUUUUGCAAACAUAUGUUCACUUAUAUCGAGAAAGUCUUAUAAGAAAAAUAAAGCAUAUUGAAUAUGCUGCAACAGCCGCUCUGUGAGGUCUUCACGACAAGUAUUCCAAUAGUUUAAUGCAGGCAUCUAUAGCUCUAUAACCUAUCCACUAUUCUAAACGAACAACUACAAUAUACACACCUAUAUAUAUUUAUAUAUUCCAAGUAGAUUAGUCUUAAGAUGCGUGUGAAUUUUAAAUAAGAAAAUCUAACUUUAUUUGCGGUAUGUGGUUGGAUUCCUGAUCGAUGAUCAACCAUUAAACGUGUGUACUUAAGCGUUUGUACUAUUUAAAAGAACGCUACUAAAUUAUGAAAGAGCGGAAAUGAAUCCGCAUAUUUUGCCAAAUGAGAACAAAACUAUUUUCUUGGGUUCCAAUUUAUACAAUAACUACGAAAUAUCAUUUACACGGUUGUCUUCAGGCUACACAACUAAGUAAAUCAUUUUAGCUCCACGUAUAUAUAAAUAUAUUAAAACGUCUUUCGUAAAUAAAUGAUUGCAAAGUGCUAGCACAAAAA